AGCAAAAAGCUCCCACUUUCGCCUAGGCGCAUCCAACGUUGUCGUUAUAAGUCGAGUCUCUGGACCUCUCCGAGUCUCGGAUUCUUCACUCCCUCUUCACUCUUUCUUUGCUCUCCAUAACCCCUAUUCACAAUGGCUGAUUCUCUUACCGAAGAGCAGGUCUCUGAGUUCAAGGAGGCCUUCUCUCUCUUUGACAAGGACGGUGAUGGCCAGAUCACCACCAAGGAGCUGGGCACCGUGAUGCGCUCUCUGGGCCAGAACCCCUCCGAGUCAGAGCUGCAGGACAUGAUCAACGAGGUCGAUGCCGACAACAACGGAUCUAUCGAUUUCCCUGAAUUCCUGACCAUGAUGGCACGAAAGAUGAAGGACACUGAUUCCGAGGAGGAGAUCCGAGAGGCAUUCAAGGUCUUUGACCGCGACAACAACGGCUUCAUCUCAGCCGCCGAGCUGCGCCAUGUCAUGACAUCCAUCGGCGAGAAGCUCACCGACGAUGAGGUCGAUGAGAUGAUUCGUGAGGCCGAUCAGGACGGUGAUGGCCGAAUUGAUUACAAUGAGUUUGUCCAGCUUAUGAUGCAAAAAUAAGGGAUUGUGUCUGGAGUUAUUUGCGACUAAGCCAACUGUUCAGCCAUAUUAGAGGCCAUGAAUAUGGUUAAUCCUUGCGGCGAGAUCAAGGCGUUAGCACGCUCACAACCUGUUGCUUGAGAAAAUCAAUUAGUCGACUUUGUUCCUUUUAUUGCUGUCAUGUCUACGGGCGAUUCUCGAAGUUGCUGGGAUGUUGAGAGUCGUGAUGUUCAGUUCUGGUAGCUGUCCAGGUAGAUAUAGGUACCCUGGACCUUUUUAUGCAUACUGUCAAAUUCCCAAUAGCUCGCCGCGAAGAGUUGGUUCUUGCAGUGCAG